UUCACAAUCCCUUUUACGAGGGCCUUUCUUUCUCCCGUUUCGUUCCCUCCGCUUCGAGGGUUUCCCCCUUUUUUUUUUUCUUUUUUUUUUUUUCCCUUUUCUUUUGUUUUUCUUUUUCUUUUCUUUUCUUUCUUUCUUCUUCUUCUUCAUUAUCUUCUUCUUCUUUGCUACAACUGAAACCCUAAGAACCUCUUUCUUUCGCUCUCUGCAACUUCGAGUUUGGAAAAUGCAGCAGAGGCUGAAGCAACAGCAGGCGUUAAUGCAGCAAGCGGCUCUCCUUCAGCAACAGCAGCAACCUCUCUAUCAUCCUGGCCUCCUAGCCCCUCCUCAGAUUGAGCUGAUCCCAAGUGGAAAUCUGCCUCCUGGGUUUGAUUCAAGUACAUGCCGCAGUGUGUAUGUGGGUAACAUUCAUACACAAGUUACUGAACCACUUCUUCAAGAGGUUUUCUCAAGUACUGGCCCCCUUGAAGGGUGCAAGCUCAUCAGGAAGGAGAAGUCAUCCUAYGGUUUUAUAGAUUACUUUGAUCGUAGGUCAGCUGCACUUUCCAUUUUGACUCUUAAUGGAAGGCAUCUGUUUGGGCAGCCUAUUAAAGUUAAUUGGGCAUAUGCCAGUAGUCAGAGAGAAGACACAUCAGGUCAUUAUAACAUAUUUGUUGGUGAUCUUAGCCCUGAGGUUACAGAUGCUACCUUGUUUGCAUGCUUCUCUGUUUAUCCCAGUUGUUCAGAUGCAAGGGUUAUGUGGGAUCAAAAGACUGGCCGUUCAAGAGGGUUUGGGUUUGUUUCUUUUCGCAAUCAACAGGAUGCUCAAAGUGCCAUAAACGAUUUAACUGGAAAGUGGCUCGGUAGUAGACAAAUUCGUUGUAAUUGGGCUACAAAAGGUGCUGGAGCUAAUGAUGACAAGCAAAACUCAGAUGCCAAAAGUGUGGUAGAGUUAACAACAGGAACAUCAGAAGAUGGUCAAGAGACAACGAAUGAUGAUGUUCCAGAACAUAAUCCUCAGUAUACUACAGUUUAUGUGGGCAACCUUGCUCCUGAAGUUACGCAGCUUGAUCUCCACCGGCAUUUCCAUUCUCUAGCUGCUGGAGUGAUUGAAGAAGUCCGGGUGCAACGAGAAAAAGGCUUUGGGUUUGUCAGAUACAGUUGCCAUGCUGAGGCAGCUCUAGCUAUCCAAAUGGGCAAUGGCCGAAUUAUCUAUGGCAAGCCAAUUAAAUGCUCAUGGGGUAGUAAACCUACUCCUCCAGGAAUAGUCUCAAAUCCUCUCCCACCACCUACAGGUCCUAUUCCUAUGUCAGGUCUUUCACCUGCUGAUCUUCUGGCCUACGAGCGGCAGCUGGCAAUGAGCAAGAUGGCUGGUGCUCAGGCCCUCGUGCAUCCACAGGGUCAGCAUGCAUUGAAGCAGGCUGCCAUGGGAAUGGGUGCUGCUGCUGGAGCUAGCCAGGCAAUCUAUGAUGGAGGCUUCCAGAAUGUAUCUGCUGCACAACAGCUCAUGUACUACCAGUAGUAACGUGUUUCUCUUUUUUAUAUUGUAUUCUCCAGUCUUUGUUGAUUGGUUGGAAUGUUGGAACUCUUAAGACGUUUGUGGUGCUUUUUCUUGCCCAUCCCAGUUGUGACGUAUAUAUAAUAUAUUGUGAAUUGUGACGUAUGGUCCAUGGUUCCUACUUCCUAUUUUAAAUAGGGAUCAAUGGCUAUUAAGCCUAUAAUUUUAUUGUAA